UUUCUGGGUAAAUCAUCAGCAGAAGAAAGAUUCAUUGUCUACAACUCAAGACGCACCAAUAUCAUCAAAACAGUUUUACCCAAUUCGUUUCGUCUUCUUCUUAAUCCUCCCGAUAAUUCUGUGUGUUCUUGUGGGUUUUUUCUUUUGGUUGAUAAAAUUUAGUUUUUUUUGUUAAUUUGAGUUGUUCAUCUGAUUUUUGUAGGAGACGUGCAGAAUUUUCUUCAGGGUUGAUCUUCAAGCAUCUUGUACAAGUGAAAAACUUUUACCAGAAUAAUCAUGAUCGGAAAUCCACCUGCAACACUUAGAGAUCUGCGGGAUAAACAGACUUCAUUUCUUGAGGUUGUCAAUGCUGAAAAGCUAUUGUGGGCAACGAUUCAAUAUAAAGGUAUAUCACACGCAGAGGUUAAAGAUCUGUACCGUAAGGUGCGCUCCGGUUAUGAGAAAAUCAUCCUUAAUGAUUAUCAAGCAGUUGAUCUUCAAGAGGUUGAAUAUUCUUUGUGGAAGCUUCACUACAAGCAUAUAGACGAGUACCGAAAGAAAAUUAAGAAAGUGUCGACUAGUGCAGAAAGCACAAACCUUAAUAGUCAGGUGGAAGGAUUCAAGUUGUUUCUCUCUGAAGUUGCUGAGUUCUACAAGGAUCUAAUUGCAAAAUUCCGAAGAACUUGUGGCCUCUCCGAGGAAAUGUUCUUGUUUAAAAAGAGUGGAGGUUCCGUUUCUGUUGAACCUGCAAUCUUGCAAAAAUGCCAUUAUGCAUGCCAUCGCUUUUUGGUUUGCUUAGGUGAUCUUUCAAGAUAUAUGGAGCUCUGUAGAAAACCCGAUGUUCAAAAAUGGGCUGUUGCAGCUACAUACUACUUAGAAGCAACAACAGUUUGGCCCCAAAGUGGAAACCCCCAAAACCAGUUGGCACUAUUGGCAACAUAUAUUGGCGAUGAUUUCCUUGCGUUAUACCAUUGUAUAAGAAGUUUGGCUGUCAAAGAGCCUUUUCCAGAUGCACUAGACAACAUUAUGUUACUAUUUGAGAAGAACAAAUCAUCUCAAUUGCAAUCACUUUCUACCGACGCCCACAUUGAUUUCUCAAAGCCAUUGAAAAGGCUUUCGUCACAGAUUAAGUCGCACUCAAGCAUGGAUUCCACAAACAUCAACAAGUUAGGAGCAAAUGACCAUGUUCUCCCUGCAAAAACUGAUGUAUGGCCUCUUUUCGUGAGGAUGAUAAGUUUCUUUGUGGUUAAACCCAGCUUUGAGGACUUACCUCACACUUUCGCAUCUACAAUGAAAGAGUUAGAAGCACUGUUGGCACUAAACGAUGCAGAACUGAAUUCAUCCUUAGAACCAUAUGAGCAAUUUGAUUCAUCAAGAAGAGGACCUUAUCGAUCCCUUCAAGCUGUCGCAAUCCUCAUCUUUGUAAUACAGAAUCUGAUUAAAACCCCAGAACUGAUGGAACUGAAAGGAAAAAAAGAUGAACAGCUUUCUACAUGUACUUCAUGGGCAUGGACUUGCACAUUUUCUUUCUUGGGCCAUCUUAUCCAGAGGUGUCUCACCAGCAACGAUCAAGUAAAUUGCUGCUCACUGUUGCCUUCUGUGCUUGUGUUUGUAGAGUGGUAUGUUGGCAUGCUUGAUUUUGCAGAAACUUAUGGUAAAGAUGAGAAGGUGUCUAAUGCUAAAUCGUAUUUCUUUGGUGCGUUGGUUGAUCUUUUGAGUGGAUUCGAUGUUAAGGAACACCAUUCGCUUAAUUCUGCAAAUCAAACCGCUUUGUGGGAAGACUAUGAGCUAAUGGGAUUUGGACCUGUAUCCCAGUCAAAUGACUUGUUCGAUUUCUCUACUCAUACUGAGAACAGACGCAAAUUUGAAGCUGGAAAUUCUGUUCGAAUUACUCGCAUUCUUCAUGCAUCCAUGAAAAUAGCUGAUAGAUUGAAGGGUUCUUCACAAAGUCCGAUAAUAUAUAAUCAAUCAGCAAGAAAGUUCUGUUCAGGUAAGGAUCCUGAAAAGUUGCCAAAGAAAAACGAGAGAGAUAUUCUGGAGGCCAUGGAAGAAGAGGAGGUGAUUCUCUUUAAGCCUCUUACUAGAUACAACUCAGAACCGAUUCAAACCUCAAACGAUGAACCAGUUGACGACCAAACAGAAACUUCUGAUGAAGGUUUGCGCCGUUCUGCAUCACUAUUUGCUGCACAAAAUGGGUCUCAUGAUUCAUCAAAAAAGAGUCCUCCAUAUUCUGCUGGACCUCCUUCCCUUAGUGCUUGGGUCCUUAACAGAGAAAGUGUAAGUCUUGAAAGAGAAAGAGGUUCCGGAAAUCCCAACAAGAAAGAGUUGGCUCCUAUCUCAGAAAUAGCCGUAGCUACAAAUGAUGAGCCAUAUGUUGCUCCUAUUCCAUCAGCCCCGUUGUUGCCUGAAGAUCCAGUUUGGCUCACUGGAAGUUCAUCAAAAGAGGGUGCACCGCCAGUCAGCAGUUCCACAAAUUUCCAUUCACCACAAGAACCGUUGGAUCUUAGUUCUGGAGUGGCUGGCUUUGUUGAUGCAUACCGUCCACCAGUGUUUGGAUUAAGUUCAGCUGAAUGGCUUUACCGGUAUACUCACAACCUGAGUCUUGAGCCAAGCAAUGGUAAUCAUCAUUGGCCAAUUUUGCCAACUAACCCUUCAGGAAAUCUUGGAAAAAUUCAUGGAUAUGAUGGUGGUUCAAGAUUUGAUGUUAUCGAUAGGUGGGGGAACCCGUUGCUUACGAACAGGAUGGUGUAUUUUGAGAAUCCAAAUUUGGUAUAUGGUGGUGGUGGUGGUGGUGGUGGUGGUAGUGGGGUAAGAGCAGAACAGCCACCACUUUUGCAGCACUUGAAAGAGAGAGAAUGGCAGUUGCAAACUGAAUCUCCAUUUAGUGGUAAUCCAUAUAUGGGGAAUUGAAUUCCAUUUAGAUAAUAUAUAUAGCUAUACAUAAUACUUGAUAAUACUUUGCAUAUGUAUCUCCUAUGUUUGAGGCUUGUACGUUAGAUCUGUACAGUACACACUUUGUAGUAAAUAUAGAGUGAUUUUGGAAGAAAGUGUAUCCAUGGCU